UGUCUAUGGCCCAAUUCAGUAUUCAGUUAAAUUAGGAUGUGUAACAAUUAAUUAUUUGUCAAAUAUAACUUAAUUAUAGUGAUAACUUUCAAGUUCAGAUGAACGUCAUUAUAUGUUUCUAAAAAUUCAUGGAUAACUUCUAGAGACAGAAGAGAACUUUUACAGUCUUCGCUAUGAGUGAUCAAGAAAAUGAAGACUGCUGCUCAGAAGCAAGUUCAGUGCUCAAUAAUGGGUCUGUUGUAUCUACUGUGCCUGAUCGCCACGGCUUUCUUGGGGGAUCCCAGUACAGCCCUGAACCAAAAAGACUGAGUUCGCCUGCAGUUAUUCUUAAACGAGAAAGGAAAUGGCUUCAGAUGCUGGAAAAUUGGGAAAAGUUCAUGUCACAAAACUACAAAAAGGUAAGAGAGCGCUGCAGAAAGGGUAUCCCUCCGUCAGUAAGACAGAGAGCUUGGAUGUAUCUGUGUGGAGCUAAGCUGUUGAUGGAUGAACACCCACGGUUGUAUCAGGAUCUCUGUAACCAGGAAGGUGACUCUCGCUGGGUCGAUGACAUCCGUAAAGAUCUCCACAGACAGUUUCCCUACCAUGAGAUGUUUGUUGACCAAGAAGGCCAUGGUCAAAGAGACCUUUACAACGUACUCAAAGCUUAUUCAAUCCUCAACGCCAACGUAGGCUACUGCCAAGCUCAAGCUCCCCUAGCUGCCUUCCUCCUCACACGAAUGCCUGCACAAGAAGCCUUCUGGUGCCUUGUCUCGAUCUGUGAUAACUACUUGGCUGGCUACUACAGUCAGGGAAUGGAAACCCUUCAAAUUGAUGGUGAUAUCCUGUUCGGACUAUUGAAGAAAGUAGCACCUAACAUUCACAAACACCUGAAAAAACAAAAGAUUGAACCUAUUCUCUACAUGACUGAAUGGUUUUUGUGUGUUUUUACAAGAACCUUGCCAUGGUCAACAAUCCUUCGUGUUUGGGACAUGUUUCUAUGUGAAGGAGUGAAAAUACUGUUCAAAGUUGCGUUGGUGCUUCUAAAACUGAGUCUGAACGCAAAAUCACUUCAAUCUCUAAAGAAGAAGUGUCCAACUAUGUAUGAAACUCUGGAAGCACUGAGGAACCCCCCACUACACAUCCUGGAGGAAGACUUCAUGGUUCGCGAGAUGUUUCGACUGAAAUUGACCGAUGAAGACUUUGAAAACGAGCACCACCGACAGACAAGCCGUCAUCGGGCAAACAAGCAAAAUUCUGCAUCUGGCAGAUAGUUCAACUCCUCCGAAAGAUGAAAACCUAUGGUGCUUUAUUUAACAUUUCAAUCUGAUGUACAUAACAUUUUUAAUAGUAAUUCUACGAGUUGUUAUGCAUAUCAUAUAUUUAUAAUAAUGUUAAGGGCAGCUUCUAUUUGUGCAAAAGAAGACAUUAAGUUUAACGUUGUUCUUAAACAAGUUUGAAUUCCUGAUAAUAAUUAUAAUUAAUGUUUACAAGUUUGAGUUUUCUACUUAAAAAUUUCCUCAAGAUUAAUUUUAACUUCUUUAUUUAAAUUAUAUAUCAUUCCCUAUUUUAAUGGCAUAAAUAUUGCUUGCGUUUUGUAUCCUCACCCUUUUGUUAGAACUUCAUGUUCUUUUGUUUACACAUAGUUAGAUUUCAUUCAAAACCAUAGUAAUCAAUAAUAUUGUUCUAAUAGUCCAGUUUGUAUAGAUUGAAAGUAUUGUUGCACAAAGUAUUGGUAAAAGACAGAUGCAAGUUCAUUUAUUCUAAUCAAAUGUUAGUUAUUUGAUAACGAUAACAUAAACAAUUUUAACUAAUGACAAUGGUCAGCACAUAAUUAAAUUUAUAUUUCGUUAGUUUAUAUUUGAUUGUGUUUUUUUUUUCUAAAUUUCAUAUUUAAUUUCAGAAUUGGCUUAUAAUGGGUUAGCUGCGUAUUACCCAAUGUGGGACGAUUGCUUUUAAAUAUUCCACUAACUGUAUAUUUGUUAUUAGUAUAUUAUGGUUAGGUUUAAGAAGUCAUAUUGGACGCUUAGGGUAUAGCUUGAGUUGUCAUUUAAAUGAGUGAAUAUAAAUUAUUGCUCAUAGUCAUAGUCUUCACAUGUUAUGUAAUUUUAAGCAACUUAUUCUAAAAACUGUAAGUAGUUUUGUUUAAUGAAACUAGUCGCUAAUAUGAUGUAUAUUCAUCCCAUUAUUGCUGAAUGUGUCCUCAUGAGUUACUAAUCCAAUAGAAAAUCCUACUUAAUAUAGGUUUAUGUUUAAGAGAUCAAAGCAAUUUGCUUAUGUCUCUCAAAUUUUCAUUACAUUUAACACCACUUAUAACCUACUUAAAUAAAAUAGAUUCUUGAUAAACUUAUUAUGUUUCAGGUAAUAUUCUCAGCAGUCUCUUAUUUGAUUAAAUUUUAACGCAAGUUUUAGAUUUAUCCUCAGACAAUCUGAUUUCUAGGGGUGUGCGAUGCAUCAAAAUUCUGAUUCGAUUCGAUUAGAUGCAUCAAAUCGCGAUUUGAUUCAGUGGGGAUCAAAAACAAUUUGAUUCAUGAGGGAGUCGGUAUACAUAUACGAAAAACGCCUGCAGAAAGUCAACGGAAUACAGUACCCACAAUACAGGAGCGCGUUGUUGUUGCGUUUCCUUUGCGAAGGCAUUCUUAUUUAAUUAAUUCUUUGCUUUAAUUGUUUAUUAAUUUGUUGUUUUUGACAUUGCAAAUGAUGAGAACUUUUGUUAAGUGUAAGUAGUGUGAGACAUGUUUUAUUACUGUAAUAUCCUAAACAAGUCACUCCAAAAUCAUUCUAAAAAUAACACAGGUCUGACAAAUUUUUACUUGAUACUUAACUAGUAAUGUUUUAGACUGAUAAAUUUGGUAUUUUUGUAGGUCUGCUAUGUAUUCCUUGUAGUUUGUAGGUCUGAUUCUAUCCUCUCAUUUUAUCAAUGUGAACCAAUUGAAAGUUUUAGUAUAAAUCUUACAAAUGUUUUUAUUUGUUUACACCAAAACAUAUCUUUAUUUGUAAAAUCAAUAUUAUAAAGUAGGUAACAUGCUAAACAAUAUGAUUCUGCAAGUAAAAAUUAUGAAACAGGCAAGUAAAGCAGCUCACUGACAUUUCCAGCGAUACAGGUUCUUCUAAUAUAUGAUAGAAAAUAUAUAUUUUUUUCACCUAAAAUAUAUAUAUGUCAUAUGUAUGAAUAGGCCUAAUACUACAUCAACGAAAAUUUGCAUUACACAAAUGUGGUAAAUUUUAAUUAGCCUAUUGUUACUUCACUCCAUUGACAAGUAUGAAUAGAGAAAUGCCGUAUUGCUUCGAUUCGAUUUGUAUCGAUUCGAAUAGAAAAUCUGUUGAAUGGAAUCGUUGUUUUGAAUCAAAAAUUGUUUGCUCCACACCCCUACUGAUUUCUAAUCUUAAUAGGUUAGCUUCUCGGUCACAUGAUGUAGAGUGCCAUCUUCAGGGUGACUAGUUCACUUAUGAAGUCUGUACUCCUAAUCUGACUUCAUACGUCAACUAUUGUUACUCACUGGUCUGAAGAAUACCUGCACUGUUGUCCCCAGUCUUGAAUGCCAAUCUUUUUAACUCUUUGAGUACCCGUUCUUCCCAGUAGUUUAUUAACUGUCAUCAAACAGUUGAUAAGAUCAUCAUGAUUGAAGCGUACAGGAAUUGCAUCGUUACCAUUACUACUGAACUUGAUUGCAGGACAGUGACAAUGGGUUGAAUAAGAUAUCGCCACGAACUGGUAGUUCAGAACCCACCUUUAACAGGUCCGCGUAACUAGUUAUGUCUCUUAGCCAAGGAGGAUCUACACUCCUUUGACUAAAAGCCAUAUAAUAAUUAUAUGUUGUAUUUAUUAUGUUUGUCUUGUUAUGUCAUUAUGAUAGUUAACUAUAUGUGUAUUAUUCCGACAUUAAAAAAAUAUUUAAAUAUCCACUUCAUUCCUGAGUAAACCAACAACCAAUGCUAUCAAACAAUCUUGUUAUUUAUUGAUAAUUGUUACACCAGUGCUGAGAUCCCUAAAAUAAUACAGACUGUAUUUUCAGAAAUAAAUUAAACAUGUAAGAAUUUCACUUAAGUCUCUAUAAUAUAACGCAUAAUUUUGAUAUUUUGACAAUAUUUCUCUCUUCCAACAUUCCUAGAUGACUUUAAAAUAUGUUAUCUAAGGUUUAUUGAAUAAGUAAUUGUACUAUGUAAUAUUAAUACAAAUUAAAUAUGUAAGUGAUUUUUGUACAGUUGAAAUACACAGUUUAAAAAU